ACCUCGCCAAAAAGAGAAAAAAAAAAAGACUACAAACUCCACAGAAACUUGCGGCAUCACGCGCAAACGUCCCUAGAUACAAAAUAGCCAAGAUAUCCGAAGCAGACGGGAUAAGCUCCACUGGUGAUUUGGGAGGGUCGUUUCCCGCCCUAAUUAAUUUUGUCGUAACAGGGGCGUGUUGUUCGUGGUCCUGCAUCUGUCAUCUACGUAGGUCUUGCUCGGCAGACCCGGGUCUAGCGCAACUAUGAACUUGGAGCGGGUGUCCAAUGAGGAGAAGCUGAACCUGUGCCGGAAGUACUACCUGGGUGGAUUUGCGUUCCUGCCUUUUCUCUGGUUGGUCAACAUUUUCUGGUUCUUCAGAGAGGCCUUCCUUGCCCCUGCCUACACGGAACAGAGCCAAAUCAAAGGCUAUGUCUGGCGUUCAGCUGUGGGCUUCCUCUUCUGGGUGAUUGUCCUCACCACCUGGAUCACCAUCUUCCAGAUCUACCGGCCCCGCUGGGGUGCCCUUGGGGACUACCUCUCUUUCACCAUACCCCUGGGCACUCCCUGACAACUUCUUCACAGGCUGGUGACACUGACACACUCUUUCUCCCAGGAUGGGCUUCUCUACUCUAAGCUUGCUCUCAAACCCUGAAGACUGUCCCCCAUUUCCCAUCUGCCCCAAUAAAAGACCUUUUCAGUACUGA